AAAUAAAUGAUAAGUUAUUAAGAAAAAUAAGCAAAAAAGAUUUAGCAUUAAUAAAGAAUAAUAAUCGCUAUCACUCUCCGGAGGUUUCGAAAACAGAUGGUGACGAUGAAUCAACAGAAAGAAAAGUUGUGGCUAAAGACUUGAAGUGGAGAUCAAAAACCCUGAAAGAGAUGUUAAGAAAUUACGUUGACAAGAUCCAUGACGAAACGGUUAAGGUCAAACCAUCUCAGAAUAGGGUGUAUGUAGAAGAGUUUGCAGAGGAUAAACCCGUUAUAUAUCAACAAAUUACCCCGGAUUAUAUGGCAAGAAAACAUCAUUCUAGAGCUCUUAAUAAGCUAAUUGGCUCAGUAAAUGAUGUAUUGAAAUAUCGUGUAGUCGCUAAUAUGCAAAGAGGAUUUACG